CGUGAUCGUACCCGGCAGGGCUACUCGCAGACGACAUUUCAAGGAAAUCCCGAGACCUGAGCAGACGUUAAAAUGAUUUGGAUAAUUUUAAGCGGCGCGCUUUUCCUUGGUUAUGUUUCCUGCGGGCCCAAUUACACACUGGAGGUGUCUCCAACCGAAGCCUAUGCCUCUGAAGAUCCUAUUGAAAUGUAUCUUGGGAAGAAGAUCGUACUCCGAGCAACGGCGUCCUUUGCAGAGGAGAAUACAACAAAUGGUGUGGUUAUUGAACUUCUGCCGUCUGUGUUGACAACUGUAAUCGCUCUUGGUGAUAUUAUCAGCUACACAAAGGGUUCGAAGUUAAGCACACCAGGCACCUCAGUGGAUGGUUCUAAUUUUAACAGUCAUGUUACUAGACAUAAGGGUCCGGAGUAUAACGAUACCACACUGAAGCAAAGGUUCGAUACUAGAGCGGUGUUCAAUAUUGGAGAAGUGACAAGCAACGGGGCAGGUGAAGCCGAAAACCAAAUUAUCAUCGAAUUUGAGGCCGUUUAUGUAUCAACGGGAGGUAACCCCGAUGGCACUGAGUACAACAUUGCUGUGGGCGAGGAGUAUGACGGAGGGAACUAUAUCUGGAUAAGCAUGUACACGGUUAUUCUAAAGGAUAACGCCGGAACAGAAACCGAAGAUCCAACCUUUGAAGUUGAUAUAGGAGGCGAUACAAACAUUGAACUAAUGGUCCCUAGAAACGUAACAGUGACAAUGUACAUUCCGAGAUCUGCAUCGCAACUCACUUUUGAAGCUGUAGGAAUGACCGACACGGAUGUUCAGGGGUUAUCCGUCCAAUAUAUUCAUUUAAAAUCCGUCGGUUCAGCGUACGCGUUCUCCACGGUGAAAGAAAACAUUUUCACCGUCGGUUACAACACUUGUCCUUCAAAAUCUCAAUCGCUUGACUUGGGAACGCCGAUAAAUAAGGAAUCCAAAGAAGCGUGUCCAGACGAUUCAGCCUGUGCCCUGGAGGUGGAAAUUACACUUCUAGUGGAUAACGUUGACCUUGUCGGCAAAGUUGUUAGUGUGGGCUUUGGCUUGGACAUAGACGGUACGGAGGUGUGGGUAUCAGACAUUGACCUUACAGUUACAAAUGGAUCUCCACCACCUUUUACCACAUUCACAGCGACGGGAAAACCGGAUCAAGUGGAGGUAUCUCCAGGCUUUGCAGGGGCUGCAGAAAUUGUGCUGACAGUACCAAGGGAAUCAAAUCACGAAUUCACCUUAAAUAUAAACACUGCGGCAGUAUUACCUACUACAGAUAAUGCUUUAAGCAUUCUAGCAAUUACACCAACAACCCACGGCAAUAAUAUACCAUGUAGCAUACCAGAUUCAGCUGUCGAAAUCCUUCUCGGGGAAAGCGUCUUGGGUUCUGGUUUAAAGGAAAGUGCUGUCUUGGUGGUAAAUAUCUCCAAUACUGGCAUGCAACCAACACCAAACAGUGACUCGGACCUGUACAAAUUCGACGUAUAUGUUAUGAUGAUGCCAGAUGCAACAGAAGGUGAAACAUUUAGCUUGACUGUUGAUGUAAAUGACAUCGGUCCACAGACUGUUGAGUUUACCACAGGUCCACCUGCAAAUUACACAGAAGAUGCGGAUUACACUUUUACACUGGAAAAUGACUGUGUGUACAACGUGCAUCAUGCUGGCUCCACACUGGCUUUCAAAAUGAAAGUACAGACGGAGCGGUCAGUUACUGUAGGACCUAUGUCAAUAGAAGUACCGAUUCCUACAAAUGUCACGCAAUCUCAUUUGAAAUACAAGAGCGGUAAGGUGAUCUCGAAAGGCAAAAAUGUCGUCUGCUUGCCUUAUGGUAACCUGUCUGCGGAAUUGACAGAUUGGGUUAAAGAUUCCGGCGAGAAUGAUCGAGCAAGUAUUGUCUUUCCGUUGAUGUGUAAUGUAGAAGUUGUGGAUGACGUUUUGGAAGACCAGUUUGUCGUAGAGAUCAAGGCAGAGAUAAAGGAUGUCCCUGCCCUACUUGAUGCAAAUACAACCGACCAGGAAGAGUUUGGGAUCGGAGCAAAAUUCGGCAAAAAGAUUUGGGUGGCUAGUUACGGCUUCAAUACGAAAACUUCGGUUGAUAAUGUUCCACCGAAGCGCAUUAACGGUGUGAUAAUAGCCGAUGGGGAUGGGCCUGCCACAUGGCCCGGGGAUUUAAAAGUCCAGUGGAGUGCUGAUAACGUCAAGUACUACGAUUACAACUACGUGUUCGACGCCGGAACGGCUGGUACUGGCGAGACUACGUAUGCACUCGAUCCGCCGCUGUACGCACGUUAUGUCAGACUCAUUAACACAGACGGGGGUACCAGCACGGACUAUACCCUUGAUACCUCGGACAUUGGCCAAGAUAUCACAUUUCAUGGUUCGGAUGCGUCGGCAGAAGUCAUGGCGUCAAGGGUUAUGUUUCUACUGGAUGAUGACAACAACACGUGCAUGUCUCUACCGACUAAAGACACGACCGACACAGCAAAAUAUUACUGGGUCAAUAUUAACACCUCAGUACUUGGCGCUGACGGCAACUCGUCUUUCAUUCUACAGCUUACAGGAAACGGAUUGACUUGCAAUAGCCCAGCUGGACCACAGGUCACUUUGGUCCUGUAUCCGAAAGACUCGACAACGCUCAAAUUUAGGGGGAAACGUAAGAAAUGUACCUUAAUAGAUGACAUUUCCGGACCCCCGAAGACAUGCAAAUACCAGUGCGCAUGCUCAGACACGAUCACGUGCGCUGACAUUGCUCUUAUCCUCUACCACAAAACAUUCACAGGAGAUGACUAUGACCUUUGUGACGUAAAGAUUGUGCCGUAAAGUCAGUCAGCAUCAAGCAGAACGACAUCGAAUAGAAUCAACAAACACUUUUUUCCACUGUCUUAACUUUUUGUGGAACUUUCGUAGAGAACUUUGCAUGUAGAUUUAAUUAAACCAGAACGUAAGAUACGUCCUUGUUAUUUCAAAACAUUAAGCUCUUUCUGUUCGUGGUAAGUCAUUUUCAUGGAAAUAGAAAGUUGUUAACAUAUUACGUUAUUGUCACGUUGUUAUUGUAAUAUUUGCAAUUCUUUUCAAAAAUAAUACGUGUUAUUUUCUGUAGUUUCCCUUAAACUAGCUGACCAUGUUUGUUUUCGUAUGAUUUGUACUGUAUGGAAAAAAGAGCAUUUAUGAUAUUUAUAACAACAUUAAACAGAUAAUAACAAUAUCAGUCAAAACAACCUUUGCUGGCACACACUUGGACAGGGCAAGCAUUGCUUGCACACACUUGGACAAGGCAAGCAUUGCUGGCACACACUUGGACAAGGCAAGCAUUGCCGAUCUAGCUAUAUUGACCAGUACAGCUGACAAAAUAAAUUGACUUUAAAGCAUUUCUGCGAAAUUUUGAAAGGCAGUUUAUUUUAGAGAUUGCAUAUGAAAGACGCACA